AUGGAACGCGGCCCCUAUUAUCCCCUCUCUUAACUUCAUACUGUAUAUUUGACAAACACGGGGACAACUUGUAUCGCUGCAUUUGAACACGGCACCCUUACUUCACCUAUUUUAGCAUCUUAAAAGGCAAGCCUCGGGCGGCGUUUUAAACAAAUGUCCAUUUAAAAAGUUCCUGAAAAGAACUUCUGUUCGCAAAUAAACACUGGAAACAGACAGAAAGCAGCUAUAAGCCAGUGUUUAUUUGCUUGUAUUUGCAGCGAAACGCUCCUUUUGUUUGACAGUAAAUGUGUGCAUGUGUCUUAUUCAUACGAGUUAAGCGGAGGCUUUCACGCGUCACCAUGACUUGCUUAAAAAAAGUUCACAAACUCUCUCUUAAACUUGUUCUAUUCCACGCACCAUUACAUCUUUAAAGACGAGUUUCUCACCUGGUCCUUCUCAGAUUUGCUGUUUGUGUGUCCACUGUCUCCUGCGUCUCCAGUGUCUCUCAUUUUUUCCCCUCCUUGUUACACAGUGAUGCCAGGAAAUACAAUCAACUCAUGUCCUUUUUUUUUUUUUUUAAACCAACCAUUAUCUUCUGACCAUUUUUUUCCCCUCUCCACUUAUUGCGCAGAUUUUUUUCAGCCUCGCCAGCCGAAUAAAGGAGAAAAGAAGGUGCAGAGCCAGGAAAGCACACAGAUGUUGAUCUUCUGACUGAUAAGGAACAAUCUUCAUGAAUGGAACGUGCUGCUCUUGUGGGGCCUCUGUCCUCUCAGUCCCCGAUGUCUGGACGGUGUCCCCUGCGAGUGAGGUGUCUUUGUCCGACCUGUAGUUCCGGAAGAAUGAGGGUAUAUACUUUUACAUCCCUGGGAGUACUUGGUGGGGGAGCCUUCUCCUUCUUUUUCCCAUUUAUCCUUGACGUUGUGUACAUCCUGUUGUUGUAAAACUGCAGCUACCAGUUGAACACUUGAGAACCCCCUGGCCCCGUUUCCUCUACCUACUGGGCACAAGAGAGUUCCCAAGAUACCCUCUCAAGCAAAACAGCAUCUCUUUUGGAUUAACAAGAGAGAGAGUGUGCGGAAGUGAAGCAAGUGAACUGAGCAGAACACUGUUCACAUACGUAGAGCUCAGAAACACUGGAGCUGCUGCAGCUGUGACAGCACACCUCCGGGAUAUCACCUCAAGCAAGCAUGGUCGUGGACGUGGAGGGGAUUAUUCGGUGCAUCAGGCACAGGGAUGAGAGUGGCGUUCACACUCAGCUGCAGGAGUUCAACAGAGAGUAUGCCCAGUGUUUCUUCUUUGACGCAGAGGAGAGAGACAGAAGAAAACAAAGGAAGCUGGAAGAGUUUAGGAAAAAUAAAGUAAGGGGUUGUGCCGAUUCUGACUCUGAUGGUGACGAGAAUGACCAAGAGGACCGGGGUCUCCUCCUCAGACAGAGUUUGGCUGUGGUGCUGGUGAGGUUUAUAAGAACUGGAGUGCACUGCCAUCUGCUAAGAAUUGCACUCCGCACCCUUAGGAUCCUCUCCAGAGACAAGAGGGUCCUGGGCCCUUUGGUGACCGACAGCGCUCUCUUGACUCUGGCUAAACUGGCAGGGCUGAGCACGAGUGACUCAAACGACGACGCCAGCGGCCCAGACUCUGAUUUCUACGACAACAUCAUCUCCUCUCUCUCUGAGGUCAAAGCACCGAUGUGUUGCGGCGACGGUAGUGACGAUGAUGUCAACGACCUAAACGAAGAGUGCUCCACAUUUGAAGACGAUGCCAAGAGUGACGUCAGCGCCUCCAACUGCAGCGAUGUGGACACUAUCAGCUGGCCCGAAAGCCACAGGCCCAGCAUUAACGAAAUGCACAGAGGCAGCGUCCAUCACAAGGAGCUGGAGCGAGGGAGGAAGGACCGUCGUGAGAGCAAGAUGGAGGGCAACGAUGAGGAGGAGGAGGAGGAUGGGACAUCGGUAGAGGAGAUGCAGAACAAAGAGGCUUUGAAGGUGUUGUGUAAUGUUGUAUACAACAGCACUUGGGCACAGGAGAGGUUCAGCACACUCAGGCUAAUAUGCGGCCUCAAAGAGCGCCUCUCCUCCAGGAUCAUUCACCCGGCUCCCUCCAGUGUUCAGUUCUACGAGUUACGGCUUACCUUCCUCAUCACUGCACUGCGACCUGAACUCAGCACUCAGCUUCAGCAGGAGGGAGGCGUCUCCAUCCUCUCAGCGGCCCUGGAGGGCUACCUGGAGGUGCAGUGGAAGGAGCAGUAUGACUGCGUGCUGGACCCGGCGGCAUCACCUAUUUCUCUGGAGGCCUCUCAGCGCAUCAUCGAGAUCCUGAAAAUCCUUUUCAACGUCACACACAGAGCCCAUGGACAUGCGCCGAGCGAGGCUGAUGCAGCGCUGUACCGACAUCUAGUGGCAAUCCUGCGUCUCUGCAUGAUGAGGAAGUGCAUGUUGCCCGAGGACACAGAUGAACUGCAGGGUCAUACGGUCAACCUGCUAACGGCGCUGCCUCUCCAGUGUCUGGAUGUUCUCCUGAUGGUGCCACUGGAGCCCGACUCUGAGCAGUGCCAGGGGGUCAACAUGGACUGUGUCCACACCCUGCUGCUAUUCAUGGAGAGACGCUUGGAAUCAGGGGACAGAGUCAAAGAGAAACUAACUCCAAUUCUCAAUCUGCUGACAGAAAGCUGUCGGGCCCACAAAGAAACGCGCCAUUACAUUCGGAAAUAUAUCCUGCCUCCUCUGAGAGAUGUUUCUCAGAGGCCAGAGGACGGCUGCACCGUAAAAAGUCGCCUGGUCCGUCUCAUGACAAACCUGGACACGGACGUCAAACAUUGCGCUGCCGACCUUAUUUUUGUCCUCUGCAAGGAAAACGUGAGGCGAUUUGUGAAGUACACAGGCUACGGCAACGCGGCGGGACUCCUCGCCACCAGAGGCUUGCUGGGCGGCCCCACGUCCAGAACCUCCUGCAGCAACACCCUGUACUCCAGCGACUCCGAUUCUGACACUGAGGAGUACCGACAGGUGAAAGACCGCAUCAACCCGGUCACUGGGAGAGUGGAGCGGGAGCAGACCGACCCCAUGGAGGGCAUGACGGAGGAGGAGAAGGAGGAAGAAGCUACGAGGCUCAUUCGACUCUUCAACAAGCUGUCCAGGGAUAACAUUAUUCAGCCAAUGGGAGUGGACGCAGAUGGAAAGCUGGUACCGAUGGCGGGACUGAGGGAGAACAGUCUCACAGAAGAGUCGGCGUCAGACACGGAUGAAAAAGAGAAGGACUCAAAUCAAUGAAGUCCGUUCUGUUCUCCUAAAUAUCCUUUUUUGCUGUUUUAGUGCUUCGAUAUUUGUGGAUAGACCUAGAAAGAAGUGUUGUUUUAUUUUUUUCUCCUUAUAGGAUCAAUUUGAUUUACUUUUAGUUGUAUUGGACAAAAUGAUUGGGACAAGUGGCCAUUACGUCAUAAAAAGAACUUUAAUGAAAUUAAACUGAACUUUUCACUCUUAUGUGAAGAGGACUCUGGCCUCUUAAUCCAAAGAAUGUGUUAGACGGCCUCCAACAACAUGUACAGGUGCACAGGCAUGCUGCAAGGAAAAGGGGCCUUACCUCAAACUUAUUAUUGUACGCCACAAAGUAUUGGCAACACUCUGCGUAAAUUCCAUGUGACACAUUUGGAGGCGUCACCUUAAUCUUUGUGAGCUUGAAGGUUUUAGGUGUGUCUGUACACACGCCACAUAGAAGCCUAGCUGGAAAGUCCUUCCUCUAAUGAGUGAUUGAAGUCUUAACGAGUUGAAAGUCAUUCCUCACCCUAAUACGUGUGAAAUGUGACUAAGUGGUGAUUGUGAUUAAACAAAUGAUGAUGAAAUCCAGGACUGUCAGUUU